CCGCAGCGGCGGCCCUCGUGGGAGGCGGAGCCACCGCUGAUGCCACCGCAGCCCGGGUCGGGAUUUGAAAGAUUAAGAAGUCCCGGCUGAAAGGACGGCGGCGUUAAAUGCGUGGCGGAAGCGGUGGGGACCACGGCUUGGCGAGGGGCCGAGCAGCCGGCAGCGUCUCCACAGCAUGAAUCACUCGGGCCUCGGGUCCCCGCGGAGCCUCGAGCAUAACGGCCGGGGCAGCGGUGGCGCCGCCUGGGAGCUGGGCUCGGAGGCAGACCCAGCGUUCCGAGGUAGCGUCUGCUGCUUUGACCACCUGCCUAGCGGGGACCCGGGCGACGGCGAAGUGCCCCUGGCCCUGCUGCGCGGGGAACCCGGGCUGCACUUGGCGCCGGGCGCGGAGGAUUCCAACCACCACCUAGCGCUGGACCCUUGCCUCAGUGACGAGAACUAUGACUUCAGCUCCGCGGAGUCCGGCUCCUCGCUGCGCUACUACAGUGAGGGCGAGAGCGGCGGCCGCGGCAGCUCCUUGUCCCUGCAGCAGUCGCCGCUGGUGCCGUCGAAUUCGGGGGGCGGCGGGGCGGCCGGAGGGGGUCCAGGGGAAAGGAAGCGACCCCGGCCCGGCGGUGCAGCCGCCAGGCACCGCUACGAGGUGGUGACGGAGCUGGGCCCGGAGGAGGUGCGCUGGUUCUACAAGGAGGACAAGAAGACCUGGAAGCCCUUCAUCGGCUACGACUCGCUCCGCAUCGAGCUCGCCUUCCGGACCCUGCUGAAAGCCACGGGCGGCCGACCCCAGGACGAGGACCCCGACCGUGACCAUGUGUGUGGCCCGUCCUCCUCCACGGGCCUGGCCUCCAGUUUUGCGGAGGACGACCGGGAGGACCGCGUCUGUGGCUUCUGCCCGCGCAGCGCGAGGCACGAGCCUGAGAUGGAGCAGCUGGUGAACAUCGAGCGGGUGUGUGUGCGCGGCGGCCUCUACGAGGUGGACGUGACCCAAGGAGAAUGCUACCCGGUGUACUGGAACCAGUCUGAUAAAAUACCAGUAAUGCGUGGACAGUGGUUUAUUGAUGGUACUUGGCAGCCUCUAGAAGAAGAAGAAAGUAAUUUAAUUGAGCAAGAACAUCUCAACUGUUUUAGAGGUCAGCAGAUGCAAGAAAGUUUUGAUAUUGAAAUGUCAAAAUCCAUAGAAGGAAAAGAUGCUAUUCGUAGUUUGAAGUUGAGUCGAAACCACGUGGACUGGCACAGUGUGAAUGAAGUGUAUCUUUAUAGUGAAUGCAACAACAUCUAAAUUGCAAGAACAGUUACCCAAAAACUGGAUUUUCUAAAGGCAUCGAGUAGUGGGACCAGACUUCAUAGAGGUUAUGUAGAAGAAGCCACAUUAGAAGACAAGCCAUCACAGACUACCCAUAUUGUAUUUGUUGUGCAUGGCAUUGGGCAGAAGAUGGACCAAGGAAGAAUUAUCAAAAAUACGGCCAUGAUGAGAGAGGCUGCUAUAGAAAAUAAAGAAAAGCAUUCCAACCAUGCAACACAUGUUGAAUUUCUGCCUGUUGAGUGGCGGUCAAAACUUACUCUUGAUGGAGACACCGUUGAUUCCAUUACUCCAGACAAAGUACGAGGUUUAAGGGAUAUGUUGAACAGCAGUGCAAUGGACAUAAUGUAUUAUACUAGCCCACUUUAUAGAGAUGAACUAGUUAAAGGCCUUCAGCAAGAGCUGAAUCGAUUAUAUUCCCUUUUCUGUUCUCGGAAUCCAGACUUUGAAGAAAAAGGGGGUAAAGUCUCAAUAGUGUCACAUUCACUGGGAUGUGUAAUUACUUAUGACAUAAUGACUGGCUGGAAUCCAGUUCGACUCUAUGAACAGUUGCUGCAGAAGGAAGAAGAAUUGCCUGAUGAACGAUGGAUGAGCUAUGAAGAACGACAUCUGCUUGAUGAACUCUAUGUAACAAAACAACGGCUGAGAGAAAUAGAAGAACGGCUGCAUGGAUUGAAGGCAUCAUCUAUGACACAAACACCUGCCUUAAAAUUUAAGGUUGAAAAUUUCUUCUGCAUGGGAUCCCCACUGGCAGUUUUUCUGGCAUUACGUGGCAUUCGCCCAGGAAACACUGGAAGUCAGGACCAUAUUUUGCCCAGAGAGAUUUGUAACCGGUUACUAAACAUUUUUCAUCCAACAGAUCCAGUGGCUUAUAGAUUAGAACCGUUAAUACUGAAACACUACAGCAACAUUUCACCUGUCCAGAUCCACUGGUAUAAUACUUCCAAUCCUGUACCUUAUGAGCAUAUGAAGCCAAGCUUUCUCCACCACAACAAAGAACCUACCUCAGUUUCAGAGAAUGAAGGCAUUUCAACAAUACCAAGCCCUGUGACCUCACCUGUUUUAUCGCGACACUAUGGAGAAUCUAUAACAAAUAUAGGCAAAGCAGCAUAUGCAGGGGCUGCUAGCAUUGGAAAGGGACUUGGAGGAAUGUUGUUCUCAAGAUUUGGACGUUCAUCUACAUCACAGUCGUCUGAGACAUCAAAAGACUCAGUAGAAGAUGAAAAGAAACCAGUUGCCUCGCCUUCUACUACCACUGUGGCAACACAGACCCUUCCACAUAGCAGUUCUGGCUUUCUUGAUUCUGCAUAUUUCAGACUUCAGGAGUCGUUCUUUAAUCUCCCACAACUUCUUUUUCCGGAAAAUGUAAUGCAGAAUAAAGAUAAUAGCCUCGUGGAAUUGGAUCACAGAAUUGAUUUUGAACUCAGAGAAGGACUUGUGGAGAGCCGCUAUUGGUCAGCUGUGACAUCACAUACUGCCUAUUGGUCAUCUUUGGAUGUUGCCCUCUUUCUUUUAACCUUCAUGUACAAACAUGAGCACGAUAAUAAUGCAGACCCCAAUUUAGAUCCAAUUUGAACUCUUGAAGGACAUUCAUGGCCCAAUACUGAUUUUUUUUCCUGUUAAAAUGUAUGUGUCAAGAUAAUAGAGAUUUCAGGUUUAAGUAUAUUUCAGUUUUGUUUAGGGCAAGAAAUAUUUAAGUUUAAGAGCACUUUAUUUUAAAAACAAAACAUAUUUUCAGUCCAAAAGAAGUUACUUACAGUUUUCAUCAUUUUAAUUAUGAGUCUGACAGAACCCCCUACAGAGAAUCAAGCAAGACUUUGAAAUAAGGAACGUUCGGGUGACCUGCAAGGUUAUAAUCUAAUUUCUCCCAAAUAUAAAGUCAUAUUAAUGGGUUGAAUCUAACGCAUUAACAAAAUAUGUUAUAAAUCUAAAAUGGUCAAUAUCUAGUAUAUUCUAUACAAAGUGAUAUCAUUGUUUUCGAUUUCUAUGAAGGCUUUCAUUUCCACAGUUCCUUUGGAAGAAGAGCAUAACAGAUUUAAGUGUUUUGAUUUAACUUGUUUAGCAAAACUAAUGUUAAAAAAGAAACAAUAUUUGAACUACUGUAUUUAUAAUUUAUUACCUCUAAUUGCUUUAUUUCAAAGUAUAAAACAUUUAUUUUUUUAAUGUUUCCUUUGAACAAUUUAAGAACCACAUUUAGUGUUAAGACCCUUUUUUCCCCCAGAAGUUCACCUUUGUACUCUUCAGAUGAAUGUAUAGACACUGUGGCAUACUUUGAGUUUUUCUUUUUUUUCAUUAAAACUUGUAGUUUCACACAAAUAACACUAGUUGAAUUAUUUUUAAAAUAGAACUUUUUAUUAUGUCACAUGAACCUCAGAGAAAGCUCAAGUUUUCUAAACACAGAACUCUAUAAUGAGUACAUUUCAUUAACUUUAUUGGAAAUUUUAGUAGACUUCUUUGGAAUUGGGAGUAUAACGACGAUUUUAAAUACAUAAACAUCUCUGUGCCAAACAACACAUAUAAAGGGAUGGCAUGCCGCUAACAGACCUUAUUGGUGAAGUGUUUAAGAACACACGGUGGAGACAUACGGCACAAUACAUCAGGAUUCCAAGGCAUUAGCAGAGUUUUCCUCAGCUGUAAUUAUUUCCACAGUGCUUUUCAUCUGAGGAGCUCAAAGUGCUAUAAAAGUUAAUAAUCUAUGUAGUAUCUCCUUGAGGUAAGUAAAUGAGUGUUAUUCUCACGUUAACAUGUUAAUUCCCUAAGGCACCAAAACUUUUAAAGUGCCUUGAAUUAGAUUACAGAGCAAAUCAGAAGAGCUCAGAUUGAAGCCAGACCAUAUACUUUGAUAUCAGUGACUAAUAAUUUACUUGUUACCUCUUAGUAGUUUGCAAACAAUAAUAAGUUGCGAUUCAUAAUUUGGAGAAGUGACUGUGAAGCCAGUAUUUUACUCUGCUUGUCUUACACAUUCUUGGGUUCUCACACACAAAGGAAAAGUUACUUAGAAGGGAUCAUUGGCCAUCUCUGCUCCAACCAAUCCUCACUUCUGAGUGGCUGCCACUAGGUUCCGCUCAAGGUGCUGUCUUUGCUUAUCGUACAAGGCUUUUUCUUAGCUUCCCAGUAAUCGUCACCAUGGGUGCACAGGUCAUAGCUGCACAUCUCACCUGCUGUUCUUUAUGAGGUAGUGGGAUCUGUGGCUUACAUGUAGGUUCUAUUCAGCACCAUCAGUUCUCAUCUAUUUUGGCCUUUCAUUGAAUUUGCACAACAUAGAACACUUCUUUUGAGUGUUUAAAAAGAUUCCAAGGUUCCAUGACCAAAUGUGUGACCUAGAAACCCUUGCCAUAAAAGGCUUGAGAUCUUAGUAAAGCUGAAGUAAUCUCUCUUAAAUUUAGAGAUUCCUUUGAACUCAGGUCAUCUCCCUGCCCUGUUUAUUUCCUAGGCCAAAUUCAGUUCCUAAGAAAAUUAAAACUGGCAUCUCAUAUGACUAUUCCUAAACGUACUUGAGCAUACGUUGCUGUGGGUAGGAUGACACUCAAAUACCUAAGAGCGGUAAGGAAUGGAAUGCAUUCCUGACCACUAGAAUGUGAAGAGCCCUUGUUACCUGAGAGGAAAGUCUGUUACACCUUUUCAUUUACAAUGAGUAAUAAGAAAAUGACCAGUAUGUUCACAUAGCUAUAAGAAUAUGUCUACUUCCCUUUUUCCAUAUUGAGGAAACAAAAUCAAAUUUAACCACAUGCAAUUUGAAUUCUUGAAAAGAGCAACAUUCAAAAGCCCUUUUCAAAGUGAGAUCGUCUGGAUUACUGGACAGUUCAUUUUCUGUUCAUUACUUCAUCAGUAGGGAUGGCAGUUUUGAUUCUAUAAUGCUCUUCUUGCUUCCAUGUGUCUGCAUGUUAUCAUGGAAUGCACUUGUAUAUACUCAAGUAAUAUACAGAGUAUGUGUAAUUCUGGCUUGGUUUAGAAGCUAAAUCAGUUACUGAGUAACAUUUUGCAACUUUAUUCCAGCAAGUACUAAAUUGGCCAAAAGUUCUGUUUUUGAUACCAUUAAAAUUUUAUUCUCUA